AUGGCUGGAGUUGUGCGAUUAUCGGCGACGUCGGUUCAGGCCCUUCGCGUCUCUUCGUCAUUCACUUCCUUCGCAACCACUCUCAAUUCUCUGCAACCGUGUUUACCUCCAACUUCCAAUCUGAAUUCCGACAAGAGAUCGCGUCUGCUCUCCUCUUCUCACUCGUGCUCGUCUUCUCAUUACCCAUCUUCUACUCUCGGAAGCCAAAUCCCCCUUAGAGGACCCAAGAGCCAGGUGGUUCGCGUCAAGGUAGAUGAGCCUGUGGCCGAGACAGAGCCGCCGAAAUGGUGGGAGAGGAAUCCUGGACCAAACAUGGUCGACAUUCAUUCUACUGAAGAAUUCUUGAAGGCUUUAAGCGAGGCAGGCGAAAGAUUAGUCAUUGUAGAGUUUUAUGGAACUUGGUGUGCUUCUUGCAGAGCAUUGUUCCCGAAGCUUUGCAAGACAGCUGUGGAGAAUCCGAAUAUAUUGUUCCUCAAAGUAAACUUUGAUGAGAAUAAGCCAAUGUGCAAGAGUUUGAACGUGAAAGUGCUUCCUUAUUUUCACUUUUACCGUGGAGCUGAUGGCCAGCUUGAGUCCUUCUCAUGCUCUCUUGCUAAGUUUCAGAAGAUAAAAGAUGGAAUCCGACUGCACAAUACCGAUCGUUGCAGCAUCGGUCCAGCCAAAGGACCUGAAGGAUUAAGCUUGGAAUCUUUAUCAGCCAAAGCAGCUGGAUCAAGUUGA